AUGAUGUUGGGAGUCACGUUGAUCUUGUUACUUGUCACUUCGCUAUUGAACUUGACCGAGGCCGGACACGGAGGAAAGCAUCAACAUGUGGUGAUCCAUGUACCGUAUAAAAUCAAACAUAUUUACCAUACCCACACGAUAACUAAGCAUAUACAUCACGGAGGUGGAGGAGGUGAUAAAUACGAAGUUUUGGGCUACACGGUCGGUCAUCCGAUCGAUUUAGGAGGUCACGGAGGUGGUGGAGGUGGUGGACACGAUUUCGGUGGUGGCGAUUAUGGAGGUGGUCACAUUGAAGUUGGAGGCGGUGGAUACGGUGGAGGAGGACAUGGUGGAUGGGAAGAAAGCGGAGGUGGCUACGAUCUAGGUGGUGGAGGCGGUGGUUAUGGUGGUGGUGGUGGUGACUGGGGUGGUCACUGAACAAAAUCUUCACGAAUUUCUCGAGCAAAAUCCUAAAUUGUGACGGUCAACAACGAAAGUGAUUAUCCUCCUCCCUCGCACUUAUCCGUCCAUCUUUUUUUACCUCUCACGUGUCCUAGUCUCUAUCCAUAUUUACUUAUCUCAUUACCAUCUAUCUAUCAAUUGUGUAUAUAUAUAUAUAUUAUAUAAUUACCUGUUUUAUACUUCCUCGUUUUUGUAAUAUUUAAUUUUUUUAUAUGUUCGUUUUUCUUCUAUCUCAGUUUCGUUUUUUUUCUUGUUAUUAUUGUUUCUGUUUUUUUUCUUUAUAGUUCAUCGUAUUAUGACAAAUAAAUUAUAUACUUUUUU